AAAUGCAACAAAAACGCCAUGAGCAACAGCAGCAGCAUAUGUUUAAUGUCAAUAAUGGCAAAAACAACAAUUGUUUGAAGAAUAACAAUAACGGCAAAGCAAACGCCAACACCACCACCACCACCACCACCGCCAACAGCUUUAAUACGAAUAGCAGCAGCAGCAGCAGCAGCAGCCCACCACCAAACACAGCCAUCAAUCAAUCAAUGUUAAUAAAAACAUCAACGAAUACCAAAGAAAAUUGCGUUCCCGUGCUAGCUGCAAGCAAUCACGUCGAAUUGACUGUUGGUGGUUGCUAUCCCGCUGCGCUCAAUGCGAUGGCGCUAACCGUUCCCGCAACUGGCUGUGGUGGCGAUGGUGGCCCUUUUAACGUUGGCAAUCACCGCCGCCUAGCGCAGGCAUGCGAGUACGUCAUUGUCAAGCAGCAUCGUCACUGUGAGGAGUAUUUAGAUGGGAAUGCGAAGGUAUUCGAUGUGCUGCCAGCGCAUGAUGGCUCCGCCAGGAAGGAGUGCGAAUUGCUACUACGACGCCUAGCUGCCGCCAACUCGAGCAACAGCACCAACAACAACAACAAUCAGGCGACUUUCACUACAUUUCCAGCCGGCGCAUUGCAUCGCCCCAGCUCACCGUCGCUCAACCUCAAUACACAGGUCUCUUCGCUGUUAUCCACGGACAAGGACAGCGGCAUGGGCAGUCCGGUGGGUAGUUCGCGUAGCGCGCGGCUACGUCGCCGCAAAUACAAAUCAGCAGCUACGGUGAGUUGGCUGGCACAGGCGAAUACAUUGCAUCCACGCGUCUCACAGCGCGCUGUCGCCGCUAUUAGUGGACUCAACACACAGCUGACCAAUGCACAUGGUGACAAUGGGAAGCACAUUGCUGUCAUUGAACAGGCAUUGGGCGAGGAUGGGUUGGGCGUGGAUGCGCUGAAUGGUUUAGGUGGAGGCGGUGUAGGAGGAGGAGGAGGAGGAGGCGGAGGCGUAAGUGCAAAUGAGCGGCUUUUGAAAAUUAUUCUAGCACAGGAUGAAACCAUUCAUCGUCAGUUGGCACUUCUAAGAGAGAAGGAACGACAAAUUUCUAAAAUUGAAGAGGAAAAGCAUCGUGUCCGCGAACGCGAAUUGGGAAAAAAUUACCCUGAAACGUACCUGAAUGGCUUGGAUGAAGCGAAUGUGGAGCCCGAUUUGGAUGUGGGCACCGAUGUUGGAGGAUUUGCCGAUAGUCCACUUAAUGAAUUCAAUGAUGUACGCCAUGCCGAUACCAUUGCUGCUGCUACCAAUGAUGCUGGCGGUGAUGGGCAUGACAAUGACGCUGAUGUGGAAAUUUUUAUAGAUGAACCGUAUCACCGCACAGCAAGGACGACUGCGGCGCACACAACCGCAGCACCAACAACUAAAAAGGAUAUUGUGGCAGGUAAAACAAGGGACUUCAAUUUGGAUGCACGCCACUCGAAAAAAAUGAAAGAAGAUUUCACUGGCGGAGGAGGUGGUCUUGCUGUGGUAAUGACUGCGGCGAAGACAGAUGCAAAUGAACCGCUAGCUGCUGCCACCAGCCACGGAAAUGAGAAGGAAAUAGAUGUACAACUCUUUUGGCUGGAAAAGAUCUAUGCACUUAACAAGCAGCUGCAGCGCGAGGAGGAAAUGCUGCUGAAGUUGCAUGCAAAAAUAAGAAAACAUCAGGUGAAGCGCGCCUAUCAAACAAAGCGCGAGGUGGUGCAACAAAUCGAGAAAUUGGAUGCAGAGCUGACGUUGCAGUGUUGUGACAUACGCGCAGUGGAGAGUAAAUUACACGCUUCCAACGAGCAAUUGAAACAGAAGUUGGGCGUGUUGGAGCGAUUGAGUCAAGAAUUUCUGGAGACGAUGGACCAAGCAGCGCCCCCAGCGGAGGCUGGAGAGCAAAGUGUAGCCGAAGUGGCAGCUGAUGCUGAUAGUGAGGCAACUGUUAAUCGAAUGCCAGAUGUAAUUAACAAUGAAGAUCACAAUCUUGCAACAGAGAUGGCGUUGCAUGCCACAGCGACAAUGGCGAGGGAGAAUAAAUUGCAAGAAGCGACCGUUGAUGAGUUGCAUGCAAAACAGAUGACGACGGUGGAGUUUGGUGGACAGCAACAAGGUUGCCAGUUGCAGUCACAAAGAAGUGGCGUAGCCGAUGAAGAUGUGUGGCAUAGACAAAAUAAUGCCAAGUUGCACUUGCCACAUGCAAUGCAGUCAGCCACCCAAGCGUUGCAUACAGAUUUGAAUGGCAAAAGUGAUUCGAAGGCGUUGGGGGAAGAAAGUGCAGCAGCAGCAGCACCAGCAACAGGAAUAGUAACAGCACCAUCAUCUGCUGAGGACGGAGAAGCAACAAGACCAACAACAGCAGCUGCUAGAGAAGCUGCUGCCAUGGCAGCAAGCCACGCAUCAGCGGCAGCCUUCAAACUGACAGCGACAGGCUAUGCCGUUUCAUCGUCAAGUGCAAGAAUGACAGCAGCAGCAAUAACAACAACAACAAGACCGUUGGCAACAGCAAUAAAUGCCACAGCAGAUGUAACAACAGUCGCCGCAACUGCAU